AUGGCUGAAGAAUGUGAAGGCUCAAUCUUUGCUGAGGACAAAAAGAAGAGAAAACGUCGCGGCCCGCGUUUAACAGGAGUUAGCAAGCAACGAAGGCUGGCCAACGCCCGUGAGAGGAAGAGAGUUCAGUCGCUGAACAAGGAAAUUGAAGUUUUAAAAAGUAUGUUGCCUCUUUCGCCGUACGAAAAAAAACCCACAAAAACAGAGGUGAUUUGGUUAGCUGCAGAGUACAUUGAUGAACUGACCAAGAUGCUGGACAAGGCGCAGAGCGAGGAGGAAAUUAACGAACCCCUCUUAGAUUUCGACACUUUGUUGAGCAUAGAUAUCGAGAAAUUACUCGACUUAGACGGUAAGUAUACAUUGAACGAAUGACCUUUAGUAGAGAAAAUUGGCAUUGUUUCUGCCAUUGUCAUAACAAAGCACUUAACCCUCUUUCUGAUUGUCUUUUGAACUUUUUCGGAUUUUCUGACCUAUAUCCAAACACAACAAACGCGUCCGAUUGAGCGUCUCAAUGUUUACUGUUUUUCUUUCUUAAUUCUAAUAUCAACAGCACCCUUGUUCUGCAGACUAGCAUCCUCAUUCUAAGGAUGUGAGAUCUUGUUUGCAGGGCUUAAAGUUGUUUUCUUUUUUUUUUCCAACCCGCCUGCAUUUAAUUAUCUUCACUAACAGAGUUGUUUUGAGCCAGAAGUAUUCUAACGUAUACAAGGACGGAAAAGGCAAUAACACUUUCAUGUAGUUUACAAUGGUCAUCUGUCAGUGGCUCUUAUGAUCUUGAGUGGGUAAACGAAAGUCUGUGUAAAGCAUGUUAAGUACGCUCUUGACCGCCCUUCUCUCACUCACAGGGGGGUGGGGGAUGGUUAGAAGGGGAUUUAGGGGUAAAGGAGUACGCCUGUGUUAAUGAUCAUACACUUAGGGGUAGAGGUGAAUAUAAUACUGUCGCCUUGUUGUGAGAGUUGUAAAGCGGCAUAAUAAUAGGUUUUCGGCUGGAAUAACAGUAAUGCUGAAGAGAGAGCACAAGCUUGUCUUGGUGAAAAUACCCUAUAUUAACAGAGGAUGAAACAAAACCCACCUAUGACCAACCUUGAAGAAAUGAAAGGAAGAGCAAAGUAAUCCUCUUUGAGGGAGUUGGUUUUUAUGAGAUGGAAAAGCUGAUUAGAAUUAAAAUAACAUUACCCCACCCAAAAUUUUUGAAGAGAGGAGUAGCUUUCUACCCCGGGCAUUAUCGUUCUUCUGCAACGUGGGCUAUCACGCCACUUGUACAUAUCACCGAUAUUAUCUGACCCAACGUCUUCGAUAAUGUGAGCCAAGAACACUUCAAGUUGCCAAACCAAUUUAUCACCAUUGUUUCUUUUAAUUUUCAGAUUUUCCCCCAGCUGAGUUUGAAUACUGA